AGGGAGGGCGGAGGGAAGAGGCCGCAGAAGCCCGAGCCCUGACCCACCGGCUGGCUGGGGCUGCGGCGGCGCCGGUGAGUGACCUGCGGCCCGACUCGGUUCCCACCCUCCGUAACCCUCACGCUUUCUGGAAUGCCAGAUAGCCUCCGUUGUCCUCGUCUGAUCUCGGAUCCCCGUUAUCUCCAGCACCCUCCUUAAUAUUUGGCAAUCCUAGCGCCCCAUAAUCCCGCAGACCCCCAUCCCUGAUGUUUUAUAGUCCCAGCUGUAUCCCUGCACCUGAAGUCCCCGUCUCAUGGCUGUUCCUUGACGUCCUCGGGUCCCUGCUUUAUACAGGUCUUGCGCCCUAUUGCCCUGGGAACCCCCAGAGCGUCCCUUCGCUUCAGAUGCCCCUUCUUGCUUUGCUGCAUCGCCUCCUUCAGCAUCUCCUUACCCCCCAUGCUUCGACCCCUAGGACGCCCCAUUCUCUUUCCCUCUCAUCUUCUGUGCCCCCAUUCUCCUCUACUUCAGCAGACACCUCCUCUCCCUCCACUUUCCCUCCACACCCUCCCCCAAUCCCCAUCAACUCCUCAGCAAGGUCUUUUGCGCCCAGAGGACCCCGCGCUGAGCGCUCGGCCCGCGCCCGCGGUUGGUAGGCACUUCUGCCUCCCCGCUGCCCCAGGGUCGUAAGAGACUAUGUCGCGGCGGCUGGGGAACAGCGGGCCCCCGCCAGCGCUGUACGCCCUUUGCCUGCAGCGCCGGCGCCCCCCAUGCGGCAGGCGGCCGGACGGCGGCGUCGGGGGGCGCCAUGGCCUCGGCGGCGGCGGGCGAAGCGGAGGAGACCACCCGGCUGCGCAAGCCGCGCUUCUCGUUCGAGGAGAACCAGAUCCUGAUCCGGGAGGUGCGCGCCCACUACCCACAGCUCUACGGCGCGCAGAGCCGUCGGGUGAGCGUAGCCGAGCGGCGGCGCGUAUGGGAUGGCAUAGCCGCCAAGAUCAAUGGCAUCACCAGCUGGAAACGCACGGGCCAGGAGGUGCAGAAGCGCUGGAACGACUUCAAGCGCCGCACCAAGGAAAAGCUGGCCCGCGUGCCGCACUCCACGCAGGGUGCUGGCCCCGCCGCCGAGGACGCAUUCUCCGCGGAGGAGGAGACCAUUUUCGCCAUCCUGGGGCCCAGUGUGGCGGGGCCAGGGCCUGGUGCUGGGGUGGAGGAGUCACCUGCAGCCGCCUCCUCUCAGCCUCCCACCCCAAGCGCCAGUGCCCAGCGCUGUGUGUUGUCUGAGGACCGCAGGGAGGACCGACGGGCAGAUACACCGGCCCACAGCAAGGGGGGCUCCAGCAGCCCGGAGCCUUGGGCCCGGCCCUCCUGCAAUCCCCAGGAAGGGGGCUGCCCACCAUCCAAGGAGCGUGAGUCCCCGCCCCCUCCAGCCGUGCAGACUGUCCAACUGCCCCGCCUGGCCUUGUCUCCACCGCCCUCAGCCCCUGCACCUCCACCCCAGCCGCUGACACCGGUGGCACCCGCGUCCCCCAGCCCCCCACCUGCUCCUCGGCCUCCUCCCACGCCUUCGGCCCCAGACCCCUCCCUGGACUUCCUGCGAGCCCAGCAGGAGACUGCCAACGCCAUCCGGGAGCUGGCCGGCACCCUUCGGCAGGGAUUGGCCAAACUGAGCGAGGCCCUCAGCGCCCUGCUACCCCUGCUGCCUGGAACCCCAGUCGACCCGCUGCCCCCGCCUCUGCCCCCACCUCUGCCCCCACCUCCCAGGCCAGUGCCGCCUCCACCUGUACCCAAGAUGGAGGUCUCCCCAGAACCGGUCUCCGUGGUGGCUGCUGUCGUGGAUGGGGCUGUGGUGGCCUCCAGGGGGGUGAUCAUCGCUCCUCGGAGUGAGGAGGGGCCGCCCCGGCCACCCCCAGCCCCAGUCCCUCUACACGACUCACCCCCACACAAGAGGAGGAAAGGUUUUCCCACGCGGAAGAGGCGGGGCCGAUGGAAAUCUCCGUGAAAUCUUUCUUCUGCCUGCGCCCCCACUCCCCGCUUGGCGCAGUCUGAGGGCAGGCGAUGCUCCUCGGCUCCCCAGCUGAUCCCUGGCCCCCUGCUCCAGGGAGUGAGCGCCCACUCCCUGUGCUAGUUAGUGCCUGAUUCUCUGGGGUGGCUCUUGAUGGGCUCCCCAGCCCCUUUCUCUGGUACAGCGCUGUCUGCCUGGCUGCCUCCCUUAACCCUGACUUUUAAGCCAUCAAUUUUAGCUUAUUAUAUCGCCCUUUGUGGGGUGGGGCAGGGAUCUCUGGGGUCUGCACAUCCCCCACCCCUAACAAUUCCUGUUCUUGACUUGAAGAGAAUUGACCCGCGGGGACUUCCCCAUCUCCCUCACCCAGACUCCGGAGGGGUUGGGAGUUGCUAGACAAAUCAGAGUGUGGAUGACAAAGGGGAUACAGCUGUCUGUACCCUAAGAAGGGCAGAGUUUUGCCUGCGGGGGGGGGGAUGGGUUGGGCCCUCUGCCUUCCAUAGCCAUCUCUGACCCCCUGAGCUCAGCUGGCUCCUUUCUCCUCAGUGGUGACAAGAUACCAAUAAACUUAUUUUUCAUACAAUCA